AUGAGGAGCGUCUUCAAGCGCUACAAGCUGCUGAAACUUGCGAUGGGAGAAGAGAAAAUGCCCGAGGAAGGAGAUGCUCGGGAUCGGUGGAUUGAGCGGAGCGCGGUGUUGUUCGACCUCAUCUUGCAAUCGGUCAACAACGACAUGUUCCAGCACAUCAAGGACUUGGUCGAGUUGGACGACUCCGGUCCUAAGGCGUGGAAGCUACUGCGCGACGUGAUUCAGCCCAACACGCUGCCCAUGGUGAUCGUGCUCGAGAAGGAGCUGGCGGCCAUCUCCAUGCGAUCGGGAGAUGAUGUGAAGCCGGUCCUUGACAAGAUCAAGGACACCUAUGCGAGGAUGGCAGCGGCGGGCAGCAAGGUGUCGGAGAUGCAGCAGUGCACCAAGAUCAUCUCGGUGCUCGACAACUCGUGGGAGAACCUCAUCCCCACCCUCAACGUUCAGCAGGACAAGUGGACGCCUGAGUGGCUACGGCAGCAGAUCCUGCAAGAGGACUUCCGCAGGCGCCACACAGGAGGUGGUGCUGCCAACAAAACUGCUGAGGGGUAUGGAGCUGCAGGAGGAAGCAGAGGAAGAGGGGGAGGGAGAGGCCGAGGCCGUGGGAGAGGCUUUGGCAGAGGAAGAGGUCGAGGUGACUACAAUGAGGGGCAUGGGAGCUCUGGUGGCAGGGGGAGCACCCAAAUGGAGGGUGCGUGCUGGUACUGCAAGAAGGCUGGACACCCAUGGUUCAAGUGUUUCAGCCGGCCAGAGGGAUGGGCGCUUUCAGGCAUGAAGCCGCCAAGUGGUGAACGCGCGCGAGGUGGCGCUGUGCAAGGUUCAGGUGCACAAGGUGAUGGUGCACAAGGUAAAGCCUCCCCUGGGAUGUUCUUGAUGGUUGAGGAUGUGAAAGGGAGUGAGGGUGAUGUGGGUUCGGUUGGGAAGGUUGUGAUGCACCCCCUCACUCACUGGGUGAUAGAUUCAGGUUGCACAAGCCACAUGACCCUAUGGGCAGAUUUGCUUGAUGAGGUAAAGCCCCCUGGGAAGAUCAAAUUUGUGGCUGCCGCUUCAGGUGCUUUGCUCCCAGUGAUUGGUGUUGGAAAUGCUAAGAAAAGCAAGGCCAAAGUUACGUUCGGCCCAACCAGCUUGCUGCUGUGGGAUUUGGAGGAGAAGAGCAGCUGCAUCAAGGACCUGUGGCAGCUGCCCAUCAUCCCUUGGAAUGGGAAACCACGAGCAAGGGCAACGGCAGCGGCAGCGGCUAAAGCAACUGCAGGAGGAGAGGAGACUGCACCAACUGCUGGGGCCCUGGAUGCAGUCAAGAAGAAGUUGGUGAAGGAUGGGAGCUUGAAGGGGCUGGAGGUGAAGGGGGCAGCAAAGGAGAUUGGGAGCUGCCCUACAUGUCUUGAGACCAAGUUCACCAAGUUUCCCUUCAGCAGCAGCACGGGACCAGCCAAGGCACCACUUGCGCUUGUGCACAUGGAUGUGGUGGGCCCCACGAGGGCCCCUUCUCUCUCGGGCAGCCGCUAUUUCUUGACCAUUGUGGACGACCACACGCGUGCGGUGUGGGUGUACCCUCUGAAGACUAAGGGGGAGGUGGCAGCGGCUGUUCUCAAGGAGUGGAUGCCGAGAGCACAAAGGGAGAGCGGACACAAGGUGAAGGUGAUCCGCACUGACAACGGGGGAGAGUUCAUUGGCAAUGAGUUUGAGGCGGUGCUGAAGAAGAAGGGCAUUCAGCAUCAGCUCACAGUGCCCUACAACCCUCAGCAGAACGGCGUGGCUGAGCAGUUCAACCGGACCCUACAGGAAGGUGCUCGCACUCUCCUUGGGCGUGCAGGGCUGUCGGAUCCGUUGUGGGUAACUGCACUCAGUGCACCUGCAGUCAACAUGCUGAGAGCCUACGGCUGCAUGGUGAUGUUUCGUGUGCCGAAGGAGAAGAGGGGAAAGCUGGAAGCUUCUGGAAGAUGGGGUGUGCACUUGGGGCUUGCUAAGGAUCAUAAGGGCUGGUUGCUAUGGGACUUGACCAGCCAGCAGCUGACUGUGUCGAGGGAUGUGAAGUUCCUCGAGUCCUUGUACUACAAGGAGUGGAAGCAGCAGCAGCAGAAGCUUCCUACUACACCGCUGAUCAUUGAGGCCGAUGAGGUGCAGCGGCCUUCGAGGCAAGUGCAGGUCACUGUCUCAGAGGAGGAGAUCUCUGGGGUGACUGAGGAUGGGGGAGAACCUGAGGUGGAGCAGCAGCAGCAGCAGCAGCAGCAGCAGCAGCAGCAGCAGCAGCAGCAGCAGCAGCAGCAGCAGCAGCAGCAGCAGCAGCAGCAGCAGCAGCAGCAGCAGCAGCAGCAGCAGCAGCAGCAGCCGCAGCAGCAGCAGCAAGGUGCUCCACAAAGUGCCGCACUGUGA